CUUCUGCAUCAGCCGCUCCAGCACCGACUUCCUGUCAGACCUGCAGCCUUCAGCCGCUGCCUCUGCACCGGGCAGCAGGAGGCUCGUGUCGGCGGCUCGGAGGGACGUCUGGAGCUCCAGCAGCAGCAGAACCAGAAGCGGAACCAGCGGCCGUAGAUGAGGAUAGCUCGCCCCGGAAGCUCCAGCCGUUCCUGCUCCGCCUCCCCGCCUCUCCGAGCGGCCGCCGCGGCUCCGCAGCGCCGCAGAUAGCGUCAGUGGAGCGGGGCUGCCGGCCCUGAUGCUCGGCCCGGCCUGCACCGCCACCCGCCGCCCGAGCGCCCUAUAGGGACCCGCAGAGCCGCCACAUCCAGCCGGCCCGAGGCCCGCAGGAAGGCCGGAGAAAGGAGCGGCGGAGCGCAGUACCGACCCGCAGGGAGCCGCAGCCGGAGGUGGAUGAUCCGCCCCGGAGAUGGCUGUUCUCAAGCUGGCGGAGCAGCCUCCUCUCGUCCAGGCCAUCUUCAGUGGAGACCCAGAGGAGAUCCGGAUGUUGAUCUACAAGUCUGAGGACAUCAACGCUCUGGAUUCAGAAAAACGAACUCCGCUCCAUGCAGCUGCCUUCCUGGGAGAUGCUGAGAUCACCGAGCUGCUCAUCCUGUCUGGAGCUCGAGUCAACGCCAAAGACAACAUGUGGCUCACACCUCUACACAGAGCUGUAGCUUCACGGAGUGAGGAGGCCGUCCGGGUUCUGAUCCGUCACUCAGCUGAUGUAAACGCUCGUGAUAAGAACUGGCAGACGCCGCUGCACGUAGCAGCAGCCAAUAACGCGCUGCGAUGCGCUGAGGUCAUCAUCCCCCUGCUCAGCAGCGUCAACGUGUCGGACCGCGGUGGCAGAACCGCUCUGCACCACGCUGCCCUCAACGGGCACACCGAGAUGGUGAAUCUGCUGCUGGCUAAAGGAGCCAACAUCAACGCCUUCGAUAAGAAGGAUGGCCGGGCGCUGCACUGGGCCGCGUUCAUGGGUCACCUGGACGUGGUGUGUCUGCUGGUCAGUCAGGGAGCAGAGAUCAGCUGUAAGGAUAAACGAGGAUACACUCCUCUGCACACGGCGGCGUCCAGCGGACAGAUCGCUGUGGUCAAACACCUGCUGAACCUGGCUGUGGAGAUCGAUGAGGCCAAUGCGUUCGGGAACACGGCGCUUCACGUGGCUUGUUUCAACGGUCAGGACGCCGUCGUCAGCGAGCUCAUCGAUUACGGCGCCAACGUCAGCCAGCCCAACAACAAGGGCUUCACGCCGCUGCACUUCGCCGCCGCCUCCACCCACGGAGCUCUUUGUCUGGAGUUCCUGGUCAACAACGGCGCCGACGUCAACGUACAGAGUCGUGACGGUAAAAGUCCUCUUCACAUGACGGCGGUUCACGGACGCUUCACUCGUUCUCAGACGCUCAUCCAGAACGGUGGGGAGAUCGACAGCGUGGAUAAGGAUGGAAACACUCCUCUGCACAUCGCUGCUCGUUACGGCCACGAGCUGCUCAUCAACACCCUCAUCACCAGCGGAGCCGACUGCACCAGGAGAGGAGUCCACGGCAUGUUUCCUCUGCACCUGGCCGCCCUGAACGCUCACUCUGACUGCUGCAGGAAGCUGCUGUCCUCAGGUUGGAGGUUUAGCAUAACGUGUUCUGACUCAGUCCUGUCUGCAGGCUUCCAGAUCGACACUCCAGACAGUCUGGGGAGGACCUGCCUCCACGCCGCCGCCGCCGGAGGUAAUGUGGAGUGUGUUAAGCUGCUCCUGAGCAGUGGAGGUGAACACAACCGGAGAGACAACUGUGGCAGGACUCCUCUCCACUAUGCAGCUGCCAGUCGACAUUUCCAGUGUUUGGAGACUCUGGUAGCUUGUGGUACUGCUAUUAACGCCACUGACCAAUGGGGGCGCUCUGCUCUGCACUACGCUGCUGCCUCCGACCUGGACAGGAGACGUCGUGUUGCUCUGGAGCCGGAGAGCGACGGAGUUCAAGCUGAGAGGGAGAAGGAGGCGGCGCUAUGUCUGGACUUCCUGCUUCAAAGUGGAGCGACAGCAUCUCUGAAGGACAAACAGGGUUACAGUCCAGUUCAUUACGCUGCAGCGUACGGACACCGACACUGUCUGGAGCUGCUGCUGGACAGAGACGACGGUCACCAAGACGACCCGGAAUCUCCCAAUGCCAGGAGUCCUCUGCACCUCGCCGCGUAUCACGGCCACGCCCAGGCCCUGGAGGUCCUGCUGCAGGGCCGGGGGGAGGUGGACCAGGGGGAUGAGGCCGGCCGGACCCCCCUGGCUCUGGCUGCUCUGAGGGGACACACCGACUGCGUUCACACCCUCCUCCACCAGGGGGCGUCGCCGCGCUGCAACGACCGGCAGCACGGACGCACACCUGUACACCUGGCAGUGAUGAAUGGUCAUACGACGUGUGUUCGCCUCCUGCUGGACGAAUCAGACGCUGCAGAUCUAGUGGAUGCUGCCGACUCUCAGGGACAGACUCCUCUGAUGCUGGCGGUGGCCGGCGGCCAUGUUGACGCCGUCUCGCUGCUGCUGGAGAGAGAAGCUAACGUCAACAUGGCCGACAGCCAUGGACUGACGGCACUGCACCUCGGGCUGCUGUGUGGUCAGGAGGAGUGUAUCCAGUGUCUGCUGGAGCAGGAGGCUUCGGUUCUUCUGGGAGACUCUCGUGGUCGGACCUCCAUCCACCUGGCAGCGGCCCGAGGCCACGCCUCCUGGCUGAGCGAGCUGCUGAGCAUCGCCUGCUCCGAACCGCCGUCGCUGCCACCACUGAGGGACCAGAGAGGGUACACCCCACUGCACUGGGCCUGCUACUACGGUCAUGAAGGUUGUGUGGAGGUUCUCCUGGAGCAGAAAGGCUGCCGAUGCAUCGAUGGAAACCCCUUCACCCCUCUGCACUGCGCUGUGGUCAAUGAUCAUGAACCGUGUGCGGCGCUGCUGCUGGAAGCCAUGGGGUCGGACAUCACCAGCUGUAGAGACUCCAAGGGAAGAACUCCUCUUCACGCUGCAGCGUUCUCGGGUCACGUGGACUGUGUCCAGCUGCUGCUCUCGCAUGAUGCACCUGGAGACACCGUGGACGAAUCGGGUCGCACAGCUCUGAUGAUGGCGGCAGAGAAAGGACGAGUGGCGGCUCUGGAGGUUCUGCUGAGCGGCGCCGACCUCAGUCUGACCGAUAAGGAUGGAAACACGGCGCUGCACUUGGCCUGCAGUAAUGGGAGAGAAGACUGUGUGAUGUUGAUUCUGGAGAAAUUCUCAGAUUCUUCGCUUAUAAACGCCACAAACGCAGCGCUGCAGACUCCUCUGCACCUGGCAGCUCGCAGCGGUUUGAAGCAGGCGGUUCAGGAGCUUCUGUCCAGAGGAGCAAACAUCCAGACGGUGGAUGAAAACGGUCUGACUCCUGCUCUGGCUUGUGCUCCGAGCAGAGAGGUGGCCGACUGUCUGGCUCUGAUUCUGGCCUCCAUGAUGCCUUUGUGCUCCCCUUGCAGCUCCGGGGCUCCGUCCCCAGGCGCCCUGCUGAGACAGCUGCCCCGCCGGGGGAGCAAAGGGCCGGCCAGCGGCCCCCGGGGGCCCCGCGGCCCCAGCAACCCCUCGGGACCCUCCAGCGAGGGAACCACCGAGAACGACUCGGAGGACUCGGAAACCUUCUGACCGAGUCUCCGGCCUCCUACCUCCGGCUGUGCACCUGAACGCAUCACCUGCUGACCAGAUGGAGGCAGCUACGGUGCCCCAGGAGGGUCAAUAUUCAGAAUGUCACGAGUUCUAACAGGAAAAACACAGAAAUACUCCAUCUGUGAAGUAGAAAAACUGUUAAUAUAUCAGUUUAUCCUUAUUUUCAUAAAUAUUCUCAGUGACUUCUAAACUAUCAGCUCUAAAUAAAUAGAAACAAUAAUGAAGAUUUACUGAUUAGAGCUGACAGGAUUCACCAAUUUAAUCACUAAACUGUCAAAUAUUAAAUUAGUCAUGAACUGUUUAAUAAUCUAUUGAUCAGGUUGAAUCAUUAAAGUGUUCAGGAGGAAUAAUAAUAAUUCAGAUUUCAUCUUCAGUGUGAAUAUUUUCUGACUUCUUUCCUCUGACAGUAAAAUCCAGGAAAUAAAUGAACUGAGUCAAGGAAUUAUUAAUGGUAGCUCAACAUUAAGGAUGCUAACUAGCUAACCAGCUAAUUAGCUAACCAGCUAACUAGCUAACCAGUAGCAGGUUGAAUAGUUCAAACAGCAGCUCAUAAACAGUUGGACCUGAAACCAGUGAAUAUUUAGUUUAAUCUUCAGUUUGAAGAACAUUAAAUUAUUUUCUCACAAAAUACAAAAAAUCCUGAAACUGUCGUCAGGAUUCGAUGUUUAACAGCAAACAUCAGACGUGUUUGCUUUUAAAAGUUCAGAUUAUCUGAUUGAUCAGUAGCUAAUCAAUAAAUGACAGCAGCUCUAACAGGAAACAGAAAGUAGCAGAAGAAACUACAAUAUAAGAUAAAAAUUGGAAACAGAAUUAUACUGAAGCCUAGUCAGUCUGAAAAUGACUGAGUUUGUUUUAAACAAUUAAUAAAUAAAGUAUUGAUUAGUUAAAUAUUGAUCCUCUGGGGCUCCGCCUGCUGGAUCUGGAUCUGGAUCUGAGGACCACCAAGUGAUUCAACCUCCAGGGACUGAACAGCUGCAACCUGCUGCUGCAUGAAGAAGAACUCAACCCACACCAGUUCUGGUUCUGGUCCUGGCCCUAGUUCUGGUCUGGGUCUACAUGCUAGUGUUGGGUCCCCCCAGCUGGUCCUUCUUGGGUGCUAACCUCCACACCUCGGUUCUUUGGUUCUUCUGAGACUCUUUUUAAAGCCAUUUUUAACUGUUUGUACAAAAUGAAGUAGAAGAUUCUGAGUACUUUUAAA